GGGGUGCGGCAGAGUCGCGACCGUGCGUGUUCCGGAGCCAUGCCCGGGCUGUGGGAGCGGCUGGCGGGCGGCGAGCGCGGCCGCCUGGAGACCUCCGACUGCGAGUCUCUGGGCAGCGCCUCCGGCUCGGAGGGAGAUGCCGAGUACGCCGAGGGCAUCUCCCUGCCGGACAUGGACCUGGAGCUGCUGCACGACCCCGAGGACGAGCUGCUGUGCGCCAGCCUGAUGGACGUGGUGCAAGCCACGCUGGGGCGGGCGGCGCUGGGCGCCGGGCGCUGCUCGCGGCUGCUGAUGCCGGCGCAGCUGCGGGCGCAGGUGCGGGCGGAGCUGCUGCGCCUGGCGUGCAGCGAGCCCUGCGGGCUGCGCGGGGCCCUCCUGGACCUGUGCGUGGAGCACGGCAAGGCGUGCCACGGCGUGGGGCACAUCGCGGCCGACCCCGCUGUGGUGCCCACCUUCCAGCUCGUCCUGGUGCUCCGGCUGGACUCCCGCCUCUGGCCCAAGAUCCAGGGACUCUUCUCCUCGGGGCCGGCCUUCGCGCCGCUGAAGCUGAGCACGGGCUUCAGGGUGAUGAAGAAGAAGCUGUACAGCUCCGAGCAGCUGCUCAUCGAGGAGUGCUGAUGGAGGAGCCGCUUCCCAAGUGCUUCGGAAGAGCCGGGCAGAGCGUGGCGGCUCCUGAUGCCGCUGUAGUUUAGGUUAGGCUGGAGUAGGGCUGUAGGUGGAAGUAGCUGGGCCAGGCCGAGUCCCCGCGGGUCCUGCCCGUGCCGGGACACCCGUGGCGCGGGGCAGCCGGAGGUCGCUUCACGCCGUCGGCGAUCGUGGGUUGAUCCCCGCGACCGCGUCCCCGGAGGCGUCAGCGGGGCUGCCGGAGGGGCGCUGGUCUCCUGACGGCUGAUCAAUCGUGGGGGGCUUUUGUAAACCAGGAUUGUAAUCAAUGGGGUCUCGGGGAGGGGCAGCGUGGCAGCGAGUGGCGGCCGAGGGGUCUGAUCAAAGGCAAGGCCCAGCUGGAAUUGUGUCUUUGAUCGCCAGGGCCGUGGGAGAGGGGCCGGAGGGCAGGACCCCCGGCCCCGACACGCUGGGGGCACUUCGUUGGUUACAGUUUACACUCAUACACUUGAUGUUCAAGUGCGAAAAUUCCUAUGCAAUCGUGUCGGGUGGUUUUUUACUUUUCUAAUAAAACUUGUUGUGAUUGAUAAGC